AAAAAGUUUCGUUUGAUAUUUUCUUCUUUGGAACAGUACAUACAUGAGCUUUGAAAGUUAAUUUUUCUAACGUCACCGUCAGACCCGUUAUGAAAAAAGGAAAUCGAGAAGAUUCCUCCAAAGUCGAAUGGUAUAGGCGGACACCCUGUCACGAGCAUCAUUCCCAGGAGUGUUUGCUGAAGACGUCCCGCUACCUGGCCUGGAUGGCAAUCGCCCGCGGGCAGUGCUCAGGUGCACGGUGCGCGAGCGACGCCACGCCACGGAACGGUCGCCAGUGGUCGACGGGCGCUGCUGGGCGGCGGGUGGGGCGUGCAGGACCAGAACGGGACACGGUACACCCAUAGCUGGACGGUGCGACGUCACUGGUCGCCGACCGGCAGUCACCGAGUGACAGUCACCCAACUUCGAGUGACGGUCACCAGCCUCUGGCUGCAGGCCAGCGCAGUGCGUGGACAUGGAGCUCAGAAAGGCAAUGCGCUUCUGCCAUCUGAGCCGCAGCACCUCCACCCGUGUCAUCAUCAUCGGCGCCAUCAUCAUAUGGGCGGCCAUCUUCAACAUGCUGACCUACAGGCGGCCGGCGACGGUGGUCGAGCUGCGCUCGGUGGCGCAGCCGCCGGCUGGCUGGUCGCAGUCGCGCCGGGUGGUACACGACAGUGCCCGAGUCAGAGAGCCGGUCAAGGAGAGGGUGGAGCCGGCCAGAGCACACACCGGACAGCUGGCCGAAUCUCACGCGCCACUCAGCUGUUUCACGGAUCUCUCCAAACCCGAGGACAGGGUCUUUAACAGUGAAGAGAAGGCCAUGUUCCGCUACCUGUUUGACUGGCCGGAGGUACCGACCAGCUCCUGCAAACGCAUGUUCAAAAUGGGCGGCCUGGCCAGCGGCAAGGGCUGCCUGACCGACGGCGACAAGCACGUCUGUCUCGACGAGCCGCUCUCGUUAGCGGCUGCCCACGACGACUGCCUCAUCUACUCGUUUGGCAUUAACUACGACUGGAGCUUCGACGAGGCCGCCAGGGCCUUCGGCUGCGAGGUGCACUCGUUCGACCCCAGCAUCGACUACCCCGAGGGCAGACGCUCGGACGGCAUCACCUUCCACCACUUCGGCAUCGGCCGCAACAACCACACGAACGUGUACGGCUGGCAGAUCUACACCCUCGACCAGAUCAUGGACAUCCUCGGCCACAAGGGGCGCACCAUCCACUACCUCAAGAUGGACGCCGAGGGCGGCGAGUUUGACAUGAUGGCGCAGCAGCUGCUGGACGGCGACGGCGAAUUCGUUCUCGACAAGGUCGAACAAAUUGGCUUCGAGGUGCACUAUCGGCUGGACCCUCGCCUAGAGAUGGGCGACUUUUACCUGCUGGCAAACGAGACUAUCCGCAGCAUGCGCGAGCUCGGCUUCAACAUGGUGAUGUGGGAGUACAACAAGGUGGUGUGGCAGCGGUACAUGUUCCCGGGAGUGGAGCGGCCCGUCAGCCUGCUCUACGAGAUACUGCUGAUCAAGAACGGUCCCGACACGUGGGACCGCUCCAAGAGAGGACGCCGGCAGAGGGAGGCGGCGGCGGCAGCGGAGCAGGCGGCGGCAAAGGCAGCAGCUUCUGAAGCGGCAGCGGCCAGCCGGCGGCGGUGAAGACUAUAUAUGUGAUAUUCUGCCAGGGCUGGGCAGUGGGAACUGGGAAUGUUAUGCAUUGUGUUGCGGUAGACCCACCACACGUCUUCAGCUAAAUGACUGUGUAGGUUACAAUCGUGAUGCCGUUCUCGAAUAUGUACGUGGUUGUUGCAAAGCGUUGCUGUUGUCCCCGACGUGACGGUAGGUUACAAUCGCGAUGCUAUUCAGGGAAAAUGUGUGUGUAGUUAUGUGUGUUGGAGUGUUGUUGACCAUUAUGUCCGGACUUCAGUAUACACAGAUCAAAAUCAUAUACGUUUAACACAAUGCUUGGUCGUGAGUGCUGUACAGGUUCCUGUUAGGAAGAUAUUUGGGACGCCUGAGACCUCAAUUGAUGCAAUUUGACAUUUGUCCAAAUAUGAUGCUUGCGUAUUAUUUUUGUUUGUGAAAAAAAAAUAGUUGUAAUAAACUUGGAAAGAUGCCUCGA